CGCUGCCACUCUACGACCACCCCAAUAAUUCCAGCACCCACGCGCAACCUCGGCAAUACCACAGCAAGCUCUCCGGAGAAGGCUUCUUCGGCAUUGGCGCUUACGGCUGGAUCUUACUCGCAUUCCUCCUCUUCGCAGGACUCGUCUUCUUCGGCCUCGUCCACGGCUUCUGGCAUCUGUGCGUACAUUACGGCGCGGCGCGAGCGGCGGCGGUGGGGACGGCGCGGUCAACGCAGUUAAUUCACUAGACAAACAGCAUAUCUAUUUCGGUGAAGAUGCAAAUCAAAGACCGCACUUUCGUGAUCUCCGGCGGCGCCUCCGGCCUCGGUCUAGCCACCGUCCGCGAGCUCCACUCCCAAGGUGGCUACAUCGCCAUCCUCGACCUCAACGCCGAGAAUGGCAACCAAGUCGCCGCGCAACUGGGCCCACGAACAAAGUUCUUCGAAGUGGACAUCAGCGACCCCACCUCCGUCGCCACCGCCGUCUCCUCCCUUGUCGCCUGGACAAGACAGACAGCCAAACCCCUCGGCGGCGUCAUCCCAGCCGCCGGCGUGGGCUUUCCAGGCAAACUGAUCGACCGCAACAACGAACCCAUCCCGCUCGACCAUCUCGACUUCGUCCUCAACAUCAACCUCCGCGGCGUCCUCGACCUCCUCCGCCUUUGUCUACCCCAUCUGACCACCGCUCCACCCACCGAGCCUGAUGGCGAACGCGGCGUCAUCGUUCUUGUCUCCUCCUCCGCCGCGUACGAUGGCCAACCGGGUCAAGUCGCUUACGCCGCUUCAAAGGGCGCGAUCAGAUCUAUGACGCUUGUCCUGGCGCGGGAUCUGGCUCAAUAUGGGAUUCGCGCGAUGAGUAUCGCGCCUAGCUAUUUUGAAAGUGGUAUGACGGCGCAAAUGUCGGAGAAGGUGCGCAAGAGUUUGGAGAAGGUGUUUGAAUUUCCCAAACGGCCGGGUCAAGGGCCGGAGUUUGCCAGGAUGGUAAGGCAUUGCAUCGAGAACGGGAUGUUGAAUGGGGAGUGCAUUCGGUUGGAUGGCGCUACGAGGAUGCCGAGUCGGAUGUGAAACUCUCAAGCUCUACAAGAUCUGUACACUCCUGGGUAUCAUGAU